CAUGUCUCUCUCUCAUCUCCUUCGCCGUUCCUCCCUUUUCCACCGUCUCUCUUCCUCCACUCCGAUCUCACUCAUCCCGAAUCGCCUCUACAACAUCUCAACUUCCCCCGACCCUAACUCAUUUCCACCCAACGAUCAAUCUCAAUCCCAAUCCCAGAUCCCUCCCAAUCCAAUCCCCUCUCCCUCGAUCCCCCACCGAACCGCAUCCUUCUCCUCAGCCGAAGAAGCAGCAGCCGAACGCCGCCGCCGCAAACGCCGCCUCCGAAUCGAACCCCCACUCCACGCCCUCCGCCGCGACCCUUCAUCUCCCCCUCCAAAACGCGACCCCAACGCCCCGCGCCUCCCCGACUCAACCUCCUCACUCGUCGGCCCGCGCCUCAACCUCCACAACAGAGUCCAAUCCCUAAUCAGAGCCUCGGAUCUCGACGCCGCGUCCAAGCUCGCUCGCCAGUCAGUCUUCUCCAACACCCGCCCCACCGUCUUCACCUGCAACGCGAUAAUCGCCGCAAUGUACAGAGCCAAGCGCUACUCCGAAUCCAUCUCUCUGUUCGAUUACUUCUUCAAACAGUCCAACAUCGUCCCCAACGUCGUCAGUUACAAUCAGAUCAUCAACGCGCAUUGCGAUGAAGGACACGUGGAGGAGGCGCUCGAAUUGUACCGUUACAUAAUUGCGAAUUCUCCUUUCGCUCCUUCGUCGGUUACGUAUAGACAUUUGACGAAAGGUUUGGUUCAAGUUGGGAGGAUGGGGGACGCGGGGAGUUUGUUACGGGAGAUGUUGAGUAAAGGCCAAGCAGCUGAUUCGGUGGUUUAUAAUAAUUUAAUUAAGGGGUUUUUGGAUCUCGGGGAGUUUGAUAAGGCUAAUGAGAUUUUUGAUGAGUUGAAGAGUAAGUGUACUGUUUACGAUGGGAUUGUUAACGCGACUUUUAUGGAGUAUUGGUUUGAGAAAGGGGAGGAUAAGGAGGCUAUGGAGUGUUAUAAGGAUUUGUUGGAUAAGAAGUUUAGGAUGCAUCCACCUACAGGGAAUGUGCUGUUGGGUGUUUUUUUAAAGUAUGGUAAAAAGAGUGAAGCUUGGGAUUUGUUUAAUGAGAUGUUGGAUAAUCAUACUCCUCCUAAUAUUUUGUCUGUGAAUUCCGAGACUGUUGGUAUUAUGGUUAAUGAGUGUUUUAAGAUGGGGGAGUUUGAGGAGGCGAUUGAGACUUUUAAGAAGGUUGGGAGGAAGCCGACGUCGAGGCCGUUUGUGAUGGAUUAUUUAGGUUAUUGUAAUAUUGUGACGAGGUUCUGUGAGGAGGGGAUGUUGGAAGAGGCUGAGAGGUUUUUUGCGGAAGGUGUGGCGAAGUCCUUGCCUCCUGAUGCUCCGAGUCAUAGGGCGAUGAUUGAUGCUUAUCUUAAGGCGGAGAGGGUUGAGGAUGCGUUGAAGAUGUUGAAUAGGAUGGUUGAUGUGAAUCUAAGGGUGGUUGCUGAGUUUGGUACGAGGGUGUUUGGGGUGUUGAUUGAGAAUGGUAAGCUUGUGGAGUCUGCGGAGGUUUUGAGUAAGAUGGGAGAGAAGGAACCUAAGCCGGAUCCUUCGGUUUAUGAUGUGGUGGUUAGAGGUCUUUGUGAUGGUGGUGCACUUGACGAAGCUAAGGAUAUAAUUGGUCAGAUGGUUGGGUAUGGUGUUGGGGUUGCUCAUGUGCUGAGGGAGUUUAUUAUAGAGACUUUUGAGAAAGCUGGACGUCGCGAGGAGAUUGAGAAAACUUUGAAUACGGUUACUCGUCCGGUUAGAAACUCUGGGCAAUCGGGUAGAACUCCACCUGGUGUAUCCUCAGUGUUUGGAGCCACAUCUGCUGCUCCGCAGCAACCUAGAGACAGGGGUCCAUGGACGAGCAACGGAGCAGGGUUUCCUAAUUCAGGUUUGGCCAAUAGAACUGCAGGUCAGACAGCAGGAGGAACUUACAAGGCUAAUGAUGGUCAGAAUCCGUCUUGGUCCAACACUUCGGCUAACCAGCAGCAGCAACCGUGGUCAAAUCAGACAGCAGGUAAACAGCCACCAUCAUGGUCGAAUCAACAGCAGCAAUCUUGGUCUCAGCAACAGGGGUGGUCAAGUCCUUCAGGGCAUCAGCAAACAUGGGCUAAUCAGACACCGGGCCAGCAGCAGCAGUGGGGGAAUCAGAAUACUGGGCAUCAUCAAUCAUGGGGUAACCAGGCAACUGGCCAGCAGAAACCGUGGGCUAAUCAGAGCCAUCAACAACCAUGGGCUAGUCAGAACACUGGCCAUCAGCAACCAUGGGCUAAUCAGUCGACUGGCCAGCAGCAACAGUGGAAUAAUCAGACAGCUGGCCAGCAGCCAGCGUGGACAGGGCAGCAGCAGCAGCCGUGGUCUAAUCAUACAGCUAGCCAUCAGCAACCACAGUGGUCAAAUCCCACGUCAGGGCAUGUAGCUAAUCAAACACCGUGGUCAAAUCCUGAGAAUGGUCAUCUUCCUCAACAACAGGAGCCAGGAUCCUCCCAUGAGUGGCAAGAUGGAGAAGAAAAAAAGGUAGCUGAAUUGAACAAAUAGUUCGAUAACUUGGCUAUUCUUUCUGCCAUCUUUGAUCUUCCUUAUUACUUAAUAGCUUUUGUAAUUUGCCAUUUUCUUUUGUGGGUCGCAAUUUUUGCAAACUCUUUUACUUAUUAAAGAUCGUCAUCAUAAUUUAUAAUAAUACGUUUUUCAC